AUUCCUGUGAGGAUGUGCUAAAUUUGGGCAGGGAAACCGAUAUAAGUUUAAAUAGUGGGCUUUUCAGCUAAGUCACUGUUUUCCUCAAUAGCCAAGGUAAAAAGUUAUUUCAUUGUAGUUUUGUUUCCUAGCAAAGUGGGUAGAAAAGUUCACUUGUAGAGGUUCUGGUCGCAUUUUGUUCCUAAAUUUAAAGCAGGUCGAGUCAUAGUCUGUAUGCACCGACUUUAAGGUACGGCAUUUCAUUUUGUGUGACAGGACAAGCUUCAGCAUCCGGUUGAAACUUUAUUUCUUGACGCGUAACGAGCAUCCCGUCAAUGCCACUGCGAGCCUGAAAACAGCAGCAGCAGCAGCAGCAGCAAAGAGCACAAAAGCGUGAGAAUGGCCCAACAGCAGCAGCAGCAGCAGCUCGUGCUCGUCACUAAUGGGAUUGCGCUGUGACUUGCUCGGCCGGGAGGACAGGCUGCACUCACACACACACGCACACACAUUCGCGUCGGCGGUGCGCUCGCUGCUCGGCGCGGGGAUGAUCAGAUCUUCCCGGACUUCAGUGUGCAGGUGACGGCGGCUGCGGCGGGGCGCAGGAGCCGCAGGGAUGCCGGCAGCACGAGUCCCGGGCGCCACCAACGGCAACCCGCAAAACGUCCAGGGCCUGACCACUUACCAACAAAGCGACCCUUACUGGGAGAGGCCAGCUAAUGCCAGCUCGUGUUCAGCCACUAGGCCCAAGACACUUCACCUCGGAGGGCAACAACAUACCUCAUCACCAUGGUUGCAGGCUCUGAGGAAGGAGAAGUCGCGUGAUGCGGCACGCUCGCGCAGAGGGAAGGAGAACUUUGAGUUUUACGAGUUGGCCAAGAUGCUGCCACUGCCAGGCGCCAUCACCAGCCAGCUGGACAAAGCCUCCAUCAUCCGCCUCACCAUCAGCUACCUGAAGAUGAGGGACUUCGCCAACCAGGGCGACCCGCCAUGGAACCUGCGCAUCGAAGGACCACCACCCAACACCUCAGUCAAAGCUAUUGGCUCACAGAGAAGGAGGAGCCCCAGUGCAGUGGCCACAGAGAUCUUUGAGCCUCACCUGGGCAGCCACAUCCUACAGUCCCUGGAUGGAUUCGUAUUUGCACUAAACAAGGAGGGGAGGUUUUUGUACAUCUCAGAGACCGUGUCCAUAUACCUCGGCCUUUCACAGGUGGAGUUGACAGGCAGCAGUGUGUUUGACUACGUGCACCCGGGUGAUCAGGUGGAGAUGGCCGAGCAGUUGGGGAUGAAGCUUCCUCCAGGCCGGAGUCUGCUGUCUCAGGGAGCCGGGGCUGAGGAUGGAGCGAGCUCAGCCUCCUCAUCCUCACACUCUGAGACACCUGAACCAGUGGAGUCCAGCAGUCCGAGUCACCUCUCUCCAGAUAACACAUUGGAGCGUUCCUUCUUCAUACGAAUGAAGUCCACGUUGACUAAGAGAGGCGUCCACAUCAAGUCCUCUGGCUACAAGGUGAUCCACAUCACGGGCAGGCUGAGGAUAAGAAUGGCACUAACACACAAUCGCACUGUGCCCAAUCAGAUUAUGGGCAUGGUGGUGGUGGCUCAUGCCCUCCCUCCCCCCACCAUUAACGAGGUUCGCAUCGACUGCCAGAUGUUCGUCACACGGGUCAACAUGGACCUCAACAUUGUCUACUGUGAAAAUAGAAUUAGUGACUACAUGGACCUGACACCUGUGGACAUCAUAGGGAAAAGAUGUUAUCAGUUUAUUCAUGCCGAGGACGUGGAGGGCAUUCGGUACAGCCAUUUAGACUUAAUGAAUAAAGGUCAGUGUGUGACAAAAUACUAUCGCUGGAUCCAGAAGAAUGGAGGCUAUAUCUGGAUCCAGUCCAGUGCCACUAUUGCUAUCAACGCCAAGAAUGCCAAUGAGAAGAAUAUCAUCUGGGUCAACUAUGUGCUUAGUAAUCCGGAAUACAAAGACACACCCAUGGAUAUCACACAGCUUCCGAAUCUGCCAGAGAAAGCCUCAGAGUCCUCAGAAACGUCUGACUCAGAAUCUGACUCGAAGGACAACUCUGAAGACAAUGAGAACUCUAAGUCAGAUGGGAAAGGAAAUCAGUCUUCUGAGAACAGUGAAGAGCCAGAGUCAGACAGUAAGAAGCCCACCAGACACUCUGAGCAAGAGAUGAGGCAUCAGGAGGAGGAUAGCUCGAGUAAUGCAGAGAGCCAGGAGAGUGAAGACAGCUUGGAACCCUCUGAUUGUGAGGCUGAGCACAAGGAGAGCCGCUUGGCUCAUCUCAGUGGUCUGCCCAUUAAAGUGGAGCACUAUGGUGAUGGAGAGGGGGCAGAGCUUCACAAUUCGCUCUCAUCCUCCUCUGAAGAAGAGGAUGAAGAUGAGGAGGAAGAGGAAGACAAUGAUGAGAUUAUGAAGGACUACAACAGUGAAGGGGAACUGAGUGGACCACUGACAAGUAAACGCCAGAAGAGAAAGAAAAGGAGGAAAAAGCAGAAAUGGGAGGGCGAUCGUCAGCGUCUGCGACUUUCGCCCCCAGAGGAUGUCACGGCAAGUCCAGGAAGUCUGGAGCCAGCACUGGGAGAGCAGCCUCCACUACUGCCACCUCCAUCACCUGCCACUGCCUCAGUGCUCAAGAUCAAAACAGAGAUGGCCGAGCCUAUCAACUUUGACAAUGACAGCAGUAUCUGGAACUUCCCGCCUAACCGGGAGAUCUCACGCAACGAGUCACCUUUCAGCAUGACCAAGCCUCCUAGUGCCCAUGAAGCCUUCCCCGCUGCCAUCCCCGACUCAGUCCUCACUCCACCGGGUACUGAAGGAGGGGCAGGCAUCAGGAAGCCCAACUUCACCAACAGCAGCAGUAGUAGCAGUAACAGUGCCCCCACCUCAGCCGGCCUGGCACCCCCACUGUCUAACUCCUCAACUUCUGACCCCCUAUCACCUCCACUUUCAGCCUCACCACGUGAUAAGCAGCAGGGCACACCCACCUCCCAGAAUUCCCUGUUGUACAGCGGCGACCUGGAGGCCCUACAGCGGCUACAGACGGGCAACGUGGUGCUCCCCCUGGUGCAGCGUGUUGCAGGCACACUGGCUGCAACCAGCACAGCAGCGGCACCACGCGUCUACACGGCAGGCACCAUUCGCUACGCACCCGCUGAUGUCACGCUGGCUGUGCAGGGCAACCUGCUACCCAGUGGCCAUGCUGCAGUCAACUUUGUGGACAUGAAUGGGCCUGGCUUUGGUAUUGAUGCCAAAACACCUAUGGAAAUGCUCUACCACCAUGUGCACCGGCUCAACAUGUCGGGUCCAUUUGGUGGUGCAGGCACUGGAGCCAGUCUCGCACAGAUGCCCACUGCCAAUGUCUUCACCACAGCGGAGGGACUCUUCUCGACACUUCCCUUCCCCGUCUACAGCAAUGGCAUCCACACAACACAGACUCUCGAGCGCAAAGAGGAUUGAAGCAAAACACUGAGACCAUAUUACUGUGUUCAAUAUAAAUCAAGUGACUCUUUCGAGGCCUAUGACUGUGUUUCAAGUUGGGGGUGGGAAUUAAUUGUUCUAGCACUUUGAAUUUCAAGCAGUUAAGCUUGUGUAAUUGAAAAAAAAAGGUUUCUCUUCCUGUGUCUUUCCCCAUUUCUUUUCUCUUCUUCCUCUUCCUUCCUCCCUUCUCUAGAGCCAAUGACAUUUUCUUUCAACAAACUAAACAGGCUCAUCUCUAAUUCAGACUUUCUUUGAGCCACAGAGAACUCACCACUCAGGUGUGUGGUUUCUCCAUGGUGAAAUAAAAUGCUUUUUUGACUUCAUUACAGUGCAUCCUUAUUAGGAUGUCUUGUGUAUUUAAAGGCAAUUCACAAAGGAGAUAAAAAGAAACUGUUCGUUUUUUAUCCAUAUCUUGAUGUGAUCAAGGUUGACACUGACA